CAUGGGAGGUGCAGCGGAUCCGAGUGGAUUGCGGUAGUCGGUAAAGAUUAUUUGAACGCGUCCCUAUUUACUAUAUCGUGCCGUUUUGAUCCGAUUUCGGUCUGAAGACUGUAAAUAGACUCCUUUCAACUUCGCUGUCGAAAAUCAUCCGGAACAGACAAGAGUUUAAGCCACGGCGGGGCAAGUUGAGUGUCUUAUUUUUGUCCCCCCCCCCUCUUAAAAGCACAGCGUGUCAGUUCGUAUGAAGCUUUUAUUUCCGUAAAGACUUGAAUAAUGUCAACGACGUCGCUGGACAAAGAGCUGCAGGAGCGUCUGAGAGAGGCCAGUGCCAUCGGAGACGUCGAGGAGGUGAAGACUUUAGUGGAGAGCGGAGUCAACAUCAACUCUCAGAAUGAGAUUAACGGAUGGACGUGUUUGCAUUGGGCCUGUAAAAGAAACCACAAACACAUAGUGGCCUAUCUGUUGAACGCCGGAGCCGACAAAGACAUUCUAACGGCGAAAGAAGAGUUAGCCGUUCAACUCACUUCCAAACCUGAAAUCAGAAGACUGCUUGGAGUGGAAGAGGAAGACGUGCCCGAGGUGAAGGAACCAGAGCUGCCAAUCAUUCCAAACUAUCUCUCAAACCCGCCCUUCCUGUACAGCAAGAUGGACAACGACAACCUGAGCGUAGCACAGCGCAACGGCACCAACAAUCAUCCAGAGCCCCUGGAGUCAGAACCGGCGACCCUGUCGCCCACGCAAGAGCAGCAGCUUCCUCCUCAGCAUCAGCAGCCCAAGAGCCUUUACUCGGACAGCCCGAGCCAGCAGGAGCUGCCCUACAUCCCCGUGGUGGAGCAGAACGGCGUGGUGAACGGCGGCCUGCCCAUGGAGCUCUCCUCAGAGACUCAUCACACCAACCACUGCGAGUUCACACACCCUCAUCCUAUAGCACAGAACGGCCCGGUGUGUCCCACGCUUCCUUCUCCCGGCGGAGGCGGCGGUCAGCCGCAGGUCCCCGGGGCCGGCGUCACCCGGCAGCAGUCCAUCCCGCAGCAGAUCAACUGCUCCCAGCUCGGCGGAUCCAUGCCGGCCUUCCAGCCCUUCUUCUUCACCAGCACUUUUCCUGUUAACGUACAAGAGCUCGUCCUGAAGGUGCGGAUCCAGAACACCAACGUCAGAGAGAACGACUUCAUUGAGGUGGAGCUGGACCGGCAGGAGCUGACGUACCGGGCUCUCCUGCGCGUCUGCUGCCGCGAGCUGGACAUCAGCGCCGAGCACGUGGAGAAGAUCCGCAAGCUGCCCAACACUAUGCUCAGAAAGGAUAAAGACGUGGCCCGGCUACAGGAUUUCCAGGAGUUGGAGGUGGUGCUGGAGAAGACCGAAAGCUUGUCUCUCUUCUCCGGGGGUCAGGGAGGUCUGACCGACAGGCCCUGCUACAACAUGAAGGCCUCCAGACUCACCUACUAGCUUCAGAUUAGAGACUCGGAGCGGUUUAUCUGCGACCUGCUUCCAGAAAUCCCAUUUCGGAUCCCACAGUACUCUCCCGUGUUGAGUUGGUAAACGGUUCAUACAAGAUGUUAGCCUUAUUCCUCCUCUCCUUCGUUAACAGACGUCUCUUUAGUGCCUCCUCCUCCGUCCUAACCGUAGAUAGCUUGUUCUCCGGGCUCCCUUCGGGUUUCCGGUUUGAAUAUCCAAAUCCGUUCGGCUCACGGCUGGACUUUUGCAUACAGUCGGGCCGUGGGGCGGUCAGAUUCGUCCCACGGCCCCGCCUUCGUAUCGGGUCGCUGUGCGAGAGCAGGCAUUUCAUCCUGCAUCCGUACUGUCCCAUCACGAGAUGUUUGUCCAAUGUGCUGGCCAAUCGGUUUGGAUCGGAGGAAGCCACGCUAACGUCAUACCAAUGCUUCGAAACCGAAAACAAAAUAUUUUGUUUGCCAGACGAUUCUCUGUGCACUUUACCAAAACCUCGCCAUUAUGAGGGACGCGUCCUUUAUAUUUAACCCUUGAGAAUUCAGUGCUGUAUUUUGAAUGCUGUUCUCUCAGUCGCCGUAAGCCAAAUAACUCGUUCUGUAAACUAGCAUGGACUGUUCGGAGUAGAUCGGCCUCUU